GCCGCCGCGGGGCCGCGCUCGGACAAGACAACAUGGCGGCGGCGCUGCUGUUGGCUUUGGGCUUCGCGCUCCUGGGCGGCCAAGGCGCCUGCGCUGCGGCGGGCACCAUCUUAACCUCCAUCAACGACGACGGCUCCAAGACACACCUAACGUGCUCUCUCAACAGCAGUGGCGUCGACAUUGUUGGCCACCGCUGGAUGAGAGGUGGCAAGGUACUUCAGGAGGACACGCUCUCCGACCUGCAGAUGCAGUACACGGUGGACACAGACGACAGCUCUGGGGAAUAUUCCUGCAUCUUCCUUCCCGAGCCCGCCGGCAGGGGUGACAUCCUUGUGGAAGGACCACCCCGGAUCAAGGUCGGAAAGAAGUCGGAGCAUGCCAGUGAGGGAGAGAAUGUGAAACUGGUCUGCAAGUCUGAUUCAUCCCACCCUCCUAUCACUCAGUGGAACUGGUUUAAGACCUCUGACUCUGGAGACCAAGAGAUCACCAAUGGCUCCGAGAGCAAGUACGUCGUGAUAUCCACAGCGGAGAGAUCUGAGCUGACCAUCAGCAACCUGGACAUGAAUAGCGACCCUGGCACCUACCUGUGUAACGCCACCAACCCCCAGGGCACUGCCCAGGAGAGGAUCACACUGCGUGUGCGAAGCCGCCUGGCUGCCCUCUGGCCCUUCCUGGGCAUCGUAGCUGAGGUCCUGGUGUUGAUCACUAUCAUCUUCACUUAUGAGAAGCGACGGAAGCCCGACCAGAUCCUGGACGAGGAUGACCCUGGUGCCGCCCCACUGAAGGGGGGCGAGCAUCACACCAAGGACAAGGACAAAAUUUGAUCCCAACCCAGCGUCUACCUCCACUCCCUGGUCCCAACUGUCCCUACCUGAGCCUACCCGCCCCCCCCUCCUUUCCCAACCCGGGUGAAGACAGAACCUCACCGUGCAGAAAGCCCACUUGGAAGACGCAAGCUGCCCACAGCACCUGUUUUUAGUUUAAACUAAACAAGGUUUCUAUGCAGAGAAUCCAUUCCUUAGGGGUUUCUGUUGUUUGAUUUUGUUUCCCUUCCCUUUCUCAAGUGUGUCACUGCAACCCUGUGGAGUGGGGGAGUGGGUUUUUGUCCUUGGCCAUGAGGGAGAGGCCAGGGCAAGCUCUGACUUCUUGGUGGAGGGGGGCCACCACCUGCUCCCCUGUAUGAGACUGCCCAUCCCCACCAUGGGCAACAUGGCUGGGCCUGCUGGGACCCCACAAAUAGAGACCUACCCCACCACUAAAAUAAAUAAAUAAUAUAACAUACUAAA